AGAGCCUCCAGCAGACCAAGCUCGCUCUCAUCUUUGCGAAGAGCUUGGGUGAUCGUCAUUCUUGAAGUGGCAGCUCAAGAUCACGAAUCGCUUUGGUAGCGGUUGUGCGCUAAUAAGUAUGCAGCAAAUCGUGAGAAAACUCGUACCUAAGUCGACUGCAGAGUAAUAUAUAAUAACUUGUAUACCACCUACCGGAGACGAAAAUAUCGCCUUUUUGUUAUUCGGCUCUACUUUUAGAAAUUCCUAGUAGUUUCGCUAUACAUUUUCACACGUUCUUGCGCAAAUCCGAUAAUUUUCAUCAAAUCGUGUGAACAUCGUGCAAAUUUUCUUAUUCCGAGUGAAGUUCGUGUAAAUUUUUGUGAACUCUUCUCUCUUCCGUCAAGGUUUCCAAAAGCCCGUACGAACUUCGAAUUCGCGAACUCUCUACGAAAAUUUUUAACAGUGUAUUGGUACGAGUAAAUCGCGUCGCAGAACAUCAAACAAUCUUUGCUUAGACUGAAAGCAUUUACAUAUAAAUUAGAAGAAGUGCUAAGAGAGUAUCCGGAAACACUAGUGAAAAUAUUUUCAGCUCUCGUGGGCUUCCUGGUUUACUCGGGACUUCAAUUUUAGAGCGUUUGAUAAUGGUGGAAGUUUUGAUGGAAUCCGGUGGACAAGAAGUGGUGGUGGCCGAUAGCUGCGGAUCGACGCCGGACACUCCGGCGGAUUUUCCGUCAAAGCCAGUCGAGAUGUCAGUUCCUCCAACGAAAUUAACCACGCUUCAAGAGUUCUAUACAGGGCAGAGUAUCUUCGUCACCGGAGGCACAGGAUUCCUGGGCAAACUGCUGAUCGACAAACUGCUGCGAAAAUGCCCUGGGAUCGUUUCGAUCUACCUCCUCGUUCGCGCGAAGAAGGGAAAGGAUGUGCACCAAAGAGCCGAAGAAAUCUUUGACGAUCCGCUUUUUGAGCGGCUCAAGGAAGAAGUGCCCAAAUUCCGUCACCAAAUUGUCCCCGUAGCGGGCGACUGCAAUGCUCCCGGACUCGGAUUGACACCGGUUGACAGAUCGACCAUCACCAGAGAAGUCUCUGUUGUAUUCCACGGAGCUGCCACUGUCAGGUUUGACGAAAAAUUAAAACUCGCCGUCGCCAUCAACGUUCAAGCACCGAAGGACAUACUGGAGCUUUGCAAGGAAAUGCCCAAGCUCAAGUCCAUCCUACACGUGUCGACGGCAUACGCAAACUGCCCGCAGGAGCAAAUAGACGAGAAAUUCUACGACCCCCCGAUAGAAUACAAGAAGAUUCUUACGUUGGUUGACUGCGUAAAUGAGAAAUUCCUCGACGAAAUCACACCAGAAUUGCUGGGGAAAUGGCCUAACACAUAUGCAUACACAAAAGCGAUUGCUGAGCACGUUAUCAGGGAAGAGGCUGGAGAUUUGCCCGUUGGAAUGUUCCGCCCAGCAAUUGUGAUUUCCACAUAUCAAGAACCGAUCAGGGGAUGGAUAGACAACAUGUACGGUCCAACCGGGGUGGCAGCUGGAGCUGGAACAGGUUUGCUUCGAUCUCUGCACUGUAACGGAUCUAUCCAGGCGAAUGUAGUGCCCGGCGAUAUGACUGUUAACGCGAUGAUAGCCGCUGCCUGGGACGUGGCCGAAAUGAAAAGAAAAAAUAAAAACGGCUCGGAAAUCCCCAUCUAUAAUUACUGCAGCCGGGACAACCCCAUCACCUGGGACGAUUUGAAGGAAAUGUCUGAAAAGUAUGGGAUCGCAUUUCCCUCUAUAAAAGCGAUGUGGUACUACAGCUUCCGAAAUACGAAGAGCAAAGUCUUUCACCUCUUUCUAGUCUACGUACUUCACCUUUUACCAGCCCUUGUGAUCGACACGGCGACGAUAUGCGUUGGAAAGGAGCCACGAUUACUCAAGAUUUACAAGAAAAUUCACAAAUUCAUGACGGUACUAAACUACUUUACUACCCACGAAUGGAAAUUCUCAACCGAGAUGGUUAACAAGCUGCACGGCAAGCUUGAACCAGAAGAUAGAAAGAUCUUCUUCUUUGACAUUAAGAGUAUCGUUUGGGAUACGUAUUUCCAAACGUACAUGAAAGGCAUCCGGAUAUACCUGAUCAAGGACCCCCUCGACACUCUCCGACAAGCAAGAAUCAGAUGGCAAAAAUUGUAUUGGAUUCAUCAAGGUUUCAAGCUGUUACUUGCCUAUGUGUUUCUAAGAGUGUCGUGGCUUACAGUGUCUACGGUUCUUUCCGUUGUUGCUUAGUGGAAAAUUGAAAUAAAUUAGGUAACGUUACAUAAGAACCGUACAAGUCGAAGACAUUGUGGCGUGUUACAUCGGUGUCUUUGAUGAUUACCAUUUAGCCGUAUCCAUGUCAUUGGGUACAGGACCAUGUAUAAAACUGUAAAGAAUUAUAGCUUUUUUGUAAUUAAAAAUUCUUGUAAUCGAAUUAAUCGUAAGGUUGUAGAGAUAAGCUUUUGUCCGCUUCGAUUAUCAUGCAAGCGAUUGUGUACACCUGUUAUUUAUAUUCAAUAAAUGUAUUUUAUAAACAA